UCUAUGCAUAUGUCUGAAGCGUCCAUGCUUUCUACCUGAUCAAGAAUCUGUUGCCAAAUGGUGUUAAAGUUUACGGCACAGUGUCUUGCAGCAUAACAAUUUUUUUUCUUGGGUCAGAGGAUGCAUAAGAUCUCUAAUCCAUAGAUUGAAAGUUGGAGGACAUCUUUCUUUCCAUUUAAGCAGAAUAAGUCUCCUAGGCAGGAGCGUAGCAAAGGGUAUCAUGUUUUUGGUGUAUUGGUUGAGACAGAGAUCCUGUGGAUCUGUUUUACGAAUUUCAUUGGUGUGUCUUGAACUGAUAUCUUGCUCAUGUGGUCUGAUUCUGCACUGUUAUUUUAUGUGACUGUAUUGAACAGAUUUGAUUAAACUGUAAGAAAUUUGUUUGACAAGAGAUUUGAUAAAAAAUCUAUACAAUCUAUACAAUAUAUACAGAAGAUUGAUGGGUAUCUUGAAAGCUACACAGCACCCCCACGUGGUUGAAACAGACUACACAGGUCAAAUGUUCAAACCAACUAAUGUAUCUCCCUCUUCUUCUUCUUCUUGUACAGAGUUCAAUGAUGGGUCUCAGUGAGAAGGUUACAUUGACUAGAGAAGACAUUUUUGAAAUAUUUGAAAACUACUCUUAUGACCCUGAAAACGGGACUAUUGGCGACUACUGUUGUGAAGGGGGUGAUGUAUGCGACCCGAACGAGAGCAUGAGUUUUGAAGCGCUGUUCAUUCCAGUUCUGUACUCUUUGGCAUUUGUUGUGGGCAUCCUGGGGAACGGGAUGCUGCUGGGAGUUCUGGUUCGGAGCAAGACCUGGAGUGUGACAGACACCUUCAUCCUCCACCUGGGCGUGGCAGAUGUCCUGUUGCUUUUAACACUGCCCUUUUGGGCUGCACAGUCCGCUCAAAAUGAUGGAUGGACCUUCGGCACCCCUCUCUGCAAGAUCACUGGAACUGUUUUUACGGUCAACUUCUACUGUGGGAUCUUUCUCCUGGCCUGCAUCAGUCUGGACCGCUACCUGUCCAUCGUCCACGCUACCCACAUGUACUCCCGCAGGAAGCCCUGGGUCGUUCAUUGCAGCUGCUUGGCAGUGUGGCUCCUCUCCGUGCUCCUCUCUAUCCCUGACUGGAUCUUUUUGAACGCUGAGAUGGAUGACAGACGAGAGAGAACAGAGUGUGUUCGCAACUACUUCAAGUUUGGCCCUGAGGCAGUCACUGCCUGGCGGCUGGCAUCACGGCUGCUCUACCACAUCGUGGGCUUCCUGCUGCCUUCAGCUGUCCUGAUCUUCUGCUACUCCUGCAUCCUGCGGCGCCUGCGGUGCGGCUCCCAGGGCCUCCAAAAGCAGAAGGCUUUCAGGGUCAUUGUGGCUGUGGUGGUGGUGUUCUUUCUCUGCUGGACGCCAUACAACAUCGCACUCAUCGUGGACACACUCCAAUCCGACACCGACCAGGAGACCUGUGGAGUCAGAACCUCCCUGGAGAAAGCCAAGAUAAUUACCUCCUCCGUGGGUUACCUCCACUGCAGCCUCAAUCCCAUCCUGUAUGCAUUUGUGGGUGUGAAGUUCCGGCGUCAGCUCCUGGACAUCCUGAGGUCUCUGGGCUGCAAGUUGAAGACAAGUGCCCAGUUCCAAUCUGCUGUAAGCAGCCGAAGAAGCUCCGUCUGGUCUGAGUCUGCCGACACCUCCAACUCCAUGGCUAUCUGAGAGAGAGAAACAAACCUGAACAAGUUCACAAACUGAAUUAUAAUGGCAUACACAUACAGAUGAGCAUACAAUGUGUUUCUGUAUAUUUCCUGUGUUACAGAACCUCUAACAGGCUGUGCUUUCUUUGAAUUUCCUGUCAUUCAUCAUGCAUUAGUACAGUGCUUCUCAAUUAUUUUCUGUUACGCCCCCCCUCGGAAGAAGGAAACAUUUCGCCCCCCACUCUCUGCCACGACUAUAAAUAGUAUCAUUUGUCUAUAAAAUUGUUAUAAGUACACCUCUGCAUAACAUAGUAUCCUUAUUAAUUUAAAAAAAAAGAAGAAAGAAAUAUAGAUCAACUUAUGACAAAGAAUAACUUUAUUAACAUUAUUUUUUAGUCUGUAACAGAAAAGAUUUAAAGUGCAUCAAUUUGCUUGAAAUUGAAAAAGAAAUGCAAUCCUUGUUCAAACUAUAAACAUUUCUUGACCGACUUCCAUUUGAUACUGAAAAAUAAAAUUAAAUAAAAUCAAUUCAUAAUAAAUUCAAAUUGAUCAGCAACAUACACUCAGGAGCAGAAUAUAUAAAAUACUUUAACCUACAAAACAAACAGCAACAAAUGAAUAAAACAAUUUGUGCUGUUUUUUUUUUUUAUCAAUAUGAGGAAGUCAGGAUUAAUGGCUACAAUGAGCAUGUUUUGCAGUGCACAGCUUUUCGAAGCGGGGCUUGAAGCAUGAUACUGCAACUCAAUGCUCAGUGUUUAGCUGGGACCUGUACUUGGUCUUCAGUGCAGCAACAGCAGAGAAGCCGGUCUCACAGAGAUAUGAUGUUGCAAAAGGAAGAAGAAUGCGUAUAGCCUUUUGUCCUAAGAGUGGAUACUGCUUCUCUACACUCAGCCAGAAUUCACUCAGUGCCUGUGAUGUGAACCACAGUCUCAAUAUGGAGUCAGACGACAUGUCAAUGAACUCCUCUGCAGAGCUGAAACCAGUUGGAGCUGGUGCAUUGAAAGGAUCUCUCACCCAGUCAUACUGGAAACUGUUUUCAGGGAAGUACUUUUUAAAGAAUCCCAUCAAUGAUGAAAUAUGCUGCUUGAUAUAUGGAAUCACUGAGGUGGCAUCAUAGUCAGUAGUGUCAACAUAUUCAUGCAGGUUCUCAAAUGAAUCAGUACUUCCUUCAUCAAGUCGCCUGCCCCACAUUGCAAGCUUUCGGGUGAAAGAGCUGAUUUUGUCUGUGACCUGAGGGAGGUGUUUAUCUUUCCCUUGAAGCUGUAGAUUUCGUUCAUUUAGCUUUCCGAAUAUGUCACUCAGGUAGGCCAGUUUCGCCAGGAAGUUCUCAUCACUAAAUUUUUCUGCCACUUCAUACUUGUGCUCAUGCUCCAUAAACAUUCUUAUCUGCUCUCUGAGCUCAAAAACUCGGGACAAGACUUUUCCUCAUGACAUCCACCUUGCUUCACUGAGCUCCCAUCUCCUCACAGAUAGCAGAGAAGACUCUUGUUUUUAGUGGCCUGGUCUUUAUAAAAUUAACCACACCUAUAAUUUCAGUCAAAACCUUAUUUCAUUCAGAGGUAAGGUGCCAUGAGGCCGGUGCUUCUCUGUGUAUAACACAGUGUGUCCACUCAGCAUUAGGUGAGACCUUUUUGAUGAGUGCCUGAAGUCCUUUUCUCACCCCUGCCAUGGUCUGUGCACCAUCACUGCAAACACCAAUGCAGUUCUCCCACUUCAGCCCAUUCUCAGUCAGGAAGCUGUCCAGCAUUUUGAAUAGCUCUUCAGCUGUGGCUCUGUCUGACAUAUUUACAAAAAAGUAGAUCCUCACACAGGGAGUUUGUCAUGUCAAAACGUACAUAAGCAAUAAACAAACAGUCUUCGUUGCUGUCAGUUGCUUCAUCGAAUUGAAAUGCAAAACAUUUGUCUUUGAGUUUAUCUACCGGCUGUUCUUGAAGAUCGUUAGCAAUGUCAUUUAUACGUCUGGCGAUAGUAUCAUUGGACAGAGGGAUAGUUUUUAUUUUUGCAGCACUUGCAUCAUCCAGCAUGACAGAGACCAUGUCCAAUGCUGCAGGCAGUACCAGCUCCUCGCUAUGGUGUGGGGUUUCUUGCACUGAGCAAUUUGGUACGCCACUUUAUAUGAUGCUAACAGCGCUCGCUGGUUUACUGAAGUAGCAUUCACAAACCGGGAUGACUGCUGGUAAUAUUCGGCACGUUUUCUCUGAAAAAACUCAAGAGGUUUAUCACCAUGAUUAGGGUGUAACGUCUUUAAGUGAUGCCUUAAUUUAUUUGGCUUCAUGCUGUCCGCGGCCAACGUUUUUAGACACAAAAGACACACCGGCCUUUUCUCGUCUCCCACCGUCGUCACAGUGAAGCCAAGCGCUAAAUACGCUUUGUCAUAUCGCCUCGUCUUUGCUUUAUGGUGACAUUCGUGUCUCUCAUUAUCUCCGUCUCUCUCCACCUUUCUUUUCAUCCCUGUGAAAAAAAUUUCCAUGGUGUCUCUCUCUGUUCCCUGCACUUUGUAUCUCCCGCUGGCACUUGAGGUCACACACCUGUACUUGUAGGCAGCAGAUCUAUUUUUCUUGUAUAGCAGAAAUAUAACAAUUCCCUUUUCUGACUGCAAAGCAACACUGUAACAUUAACAGUGAGUAUUUUUAGUAUAUCUCACAUUCAAACUUUUAAAUGACAUAUAUUUUUUUAUCACAAUUCUAUUGUAUAUUGCAUUAUGUUUUUUGUAUAUGGAAUGUUCAAAUACAGAAUAAAACGUGAUUUUCUGAACCACAAAC